UUUGAGUUUCAUUAAUUAAUUCUGCAAAUGGCUUCACAAUUAUUAGACAAAUAGUUUUUGUCGCUUUUGCCUCCAAAAAUCACUCUUUAUAGUUCACAAUUAUUGACUUCGUCUUUGCCCCAAUCACACUCCAAUUAUUUAUUUUCUUCGCCUUCGUCUUCCAGUGGCAAAAGAUUAUUUUAGCUUUGAAUAAAAGGACAUCUGCUUAGGCUUCUUGUUUGCGCACACUAGCACUCUGCAUUAGCAUUAUGGAGAGAGUUUCUUCCCAUUUUCUCAUCCUUGCACUACUCUUACCAAUCCAUUAUUUGAUGGAUUAUAGCUCGGCCAAAAACGAUAUCAACACCGAUCGUUCUUCACUUCUCGCCUUAAAAUCCCAAAUCACUUUAGAUCCUCAAAAUGUAUUGACCCAAAAUUGGAGCACUGAAGCCAGUGUUUGUAGUUGGAUCGGAGUUAUUUGUGAUUCACGUUACAAUAGGGUUACGCAGUUGAACAUAUCGUACAUGGGUCUUGUCGGAACCCUACCACCAGAAAUUGGGAAACUUUCUUCUCUCGUUUCUUUAGUUGCGAACGAGAACUCCUUUCAUGGCCCCAUUCCCCCAUCUAUCUUCAACCUGUCAUUUCUAGAAGUUUUGGAAGUAAGGAAUAAUAGUUUGUCUAGUAGUUUACCUCUUGAUAUGUGCAAACGCAAUCUACAUAGACUCAAGAGGCUUCGUUUGUCUUUCAACGAGAUGUAUGGGGAAAUAUCAUCGAGUUUGGAGAAGUGUUCACAGCUUGAGUAUCUUUCUUUGUACAAUAACAAUUUCACUGGAUUGGUGCCGACAGAAAUUGGGAACUUGACGAAGCUUCAAGAGCUGCACCUUGGUGAAAAUAAGUUGACUGGUAAUAUUCCAAAAGAGAUCGGAGGUCUUACUAAUUUGCAAGCUUUGGAUAUGAGUUCCAACAAUUUCAGUGGACAUGUGCCGAGAGAAAUUGGAAACUUGACAAUGCUUCAAUUGUUGCACCUUGGUACCAACAACUUAAGUGGUGAAAUUCCAGAAGAGGUUGGUCGUCUGACUAAUUUACAAAGUUUGAGCAUGAGUUCUAACAAGUUAAAAGGCCCUCUACCAUCAACUAUUUUCACCAUGACAUCCUUGAAAUAUAUGGACUUUGCCUUCAAUGAAUUGAGUGGACCAUUAUCAAGAGAUAUUGGAAACAUGACAUCCCUUCUCAGAAUAGGCCUUGAAUUCAACAAUUUCAGUGGUAAUAUUCCAAAGGAGAUUGGCCAUCUCAAUAAUUUCGAGCGGUUGAGCAUGUCUGCCAAUAAGUUUAGUGGAUCAUUGCCAAGAGAAAUUGGGAACCUAACAACCAUGUUUGGGUUGUUCCUUCACAGCAAUGUUUUAACCGGUCAUAUUCCGAAAGAGAUUUGUCGUCUUAUUAACAUGGUGGAGAUGCAAUUGGAGGUAAACAAUUUCAGUGGAUCAUUACCAGAAGAAAUUGGAAACAUGACACAACUUCGCUACUUGUACCUCAACAAUGUUAAUUUAAGCGGUAAUAUUCCAAAAGGCAUUAGUCUUCUUAAAAAUUUGAAGACACUCAAUAUGGCAUCUAACAAAAUUAGUGGAACAUUGCCAAGAGAAAUUGGGAACUUGACCGCCAUUAGUCAGUUAUGGCUUUUUGACAAUAAUUUAAAUGGAGUUAUCCCACAAGAGAUGCAUCAUCUUCAUAAUUUCCAACAUUUGGGCUUAAGUUUGAACAAGUUGUCAGGCCAAAUACCAUCCUUCAUUUGUAACUUGACAUCCCUUGAGUAUCUUGUUCUCUCAAAAAACACUUUGGAAGGAUCAAUUCCACAAUGCAUCGGAAACUUGAGCUCUUUGGCCAUCUUUGGUCGUCGCAUUCCAUCAACAAUUAACAAGGAGUGUAGUCUUGUGAACAUUUAUUUGAAUGGUAAUAAAUUGCAAGGAUCAUUACCUAAAUCCUGGAUCAAUUGCCAAAGUUUGCAAGUCCUCGACAUUGGAAAUAAUAGAAUAGAAGGCGAAUUUCCCUUUUGGAUGGAAGUUCUUCCAGACCUUCGAGUGCUGGUCUUAAGGUCUAACAAGUUUUAUGGUAAUAUGUCACUUCCUUCACAAACCAAGAUUCCAUAUCCUAAUUUGCAAGUUUUAGAUAUAUCUCAUAAUAGAUUUGUGGGUUCUCUGCCUCAAACAUAUUUCAAGAAUUUCGAAGAAAUGAUUAAUGAAACAAACUUUCCAACUGACUACUUUGGUUCAUAUCGGGGGAUAAGGAUCACCUUGAAAGGUUCGGAUCAAUUAUUAGAGAGAUUGUUGUCAGGCUUUACAGCAAUUGACUUAUCCUCCAACAGGUUUUCUGGGAGUAUUCCACAUUCCAUAGGAAAUCUUAAGUUUCUCAGAUACUUGAAUUUGUCCAACAAUAACCUCAUUGGAAAUAUACCUUCAUCUCUUGCAAAUAUGAGUGAACUUGAAUCUCUGGACUUGUCAGUGAACAAGUUGGAUGGAGAAAUUCCAAGUGAUUUGACGAGGUUGACAUUUCUAGCAAAAUUAAACCUUUCAAUGAAUAAUCUUGUGGGGCAAAUACCACAAUCUAAGCAGUUUUCCACAUUUGAAAAUGAUUCAUACGUGGGAAACUUGGGACUGUGUGGAGUUCCGUUGACGAGAAAAUGCAACGACGAGAAUGGGCAUGGGAUGAAGCCACAAGAAGAUGAUGAUGAAGAAGAUGAGUUUGGAUUUAUAGAUGGAUUUGGAUGGAGAAGUGUGGUGAUGGGAUAUGGAAGUGGAUUCAUAGUUGGAAUUGGAAUUGGUUACAUUAUUAUUAGAAAUGGAAGGCCAAGAUGGUUAGUGGAAUUCUUUUUUGGGGUUGGAUAUAAUAAUAAGAAGAAGAAGAGACGCAGCAGAGCUACACCAACACCAACACGCAGGAGAACUUAAUUGAAGGCUUGUGCUUGAAUUGUGUUUUCUUUUUCUUAUAUCCUUUUUAAUUGCUACUUUAGUGUGUUUGUGCUCGAUUUCAACUUUAGAGUUUAUGAAAUGUUGUUGUUUGUUCGAAUAUGUGAAGUUUUAAUUUUAUCUCGUUUAGGUAAUUUUUUAGAUAUAUUAAAAUAGUUUUGUGAUUUUAUUUGUUAAAA